GCUCGAUCCCACAACUCAGCAUCUGGACCAUAGUUUUGUUUCGUUCUGAAUAUCCUCACCAUGACGGAUGACAGAGAAGAGAUCAUUCACAAUAGAAAGCUUAUCCUCUGUCCUACAACCACAGAUCGUUCUGUACCAGAACUCCUUCAAGAAUGUCCUCAGUGCAAUAACUUUCUGUUACAUUGCUGCACAUGUAACAAUCAACUCCUUGGUCUUCCUCAAAGCCGUCGACCGGCUAAUCCCUGCCACCACUUUCGCAUCAUAUUCACUGAUGGUGCGUGUAUGAAUAAUGGACGACCUGCAGCAAAAGCAGGAGUUGGUGUAGCAUACGGCAAUACUGACGGCAGCCAAAUGUCCAUACCUAUCACGGACUUGGCGGACAACUUCCCACUGCGGUCAAACCAGCGAGCGGAACUCUAUGCGGCAAAGUUAGGUCUAGAAUUCCUCGCUAAGGCCGACGGGGCCAAUACCAAGGAGCCAACGGGCAAGCCCAAGGGCGAGUCUGAAGCUUGGAUCAUCGCGACCGAUUCCGAGUAUGUUGUUAAGGGGAUGACCGAAUGGCUGCCAACAUGGAAGAGGAACGACUGGUGCACAUCCAAAGGUACCAAACCAGCAAAUCUGGAUCUGUUUCUCGCUCUCGAUGGCGUGAUGACAAAGCACGAGGCUAAUAAUGUGAAGAUUGGGUUCUGGCGUAUUCCUAGGGAGCAUAACGAACUCGCCGAUCGUCUUGCGAAAGCGGCUGCCAUCCACGGUGAUGUGGCUAGUAUGUAGGCUAAAAAACGACCGGUGUGUGUCCUCCAUCACCUCGUUCCACGCUUUCUCUGGAACCGGAUAAGGGUUUGUUGUCUCAUAUAGCAUUAAAUCGAACGGUUCUCACCUGUCACGAUAACGUGGGAGGCUAAGUUUCUCGCUAUACAGGGAGGGACGUUAGAAAGGUUAGAAACUGAGGUGGUCAUACUCUGUCUGCUAGCUUGUCUUGUUUGAUGGUGGGGAACAGCAUUCUAUUAUGCCAAGUAGUGGUGUGGCGGUCAUUUGCCGGUUCUGGAAGUACGCGCCACAGCUAACUAUUCUUAGCAAAGCGUAAAAUACAAUACAGUUAGCGAAU